CGGUUCCGGGACACCUCAGCUCCUCCACGGAGUGUGUUCACUCGGAUGGUCCAGGUGGGUUCUCGGCAGGCUCCUCCAAGCUCAGCUCCGGCCUGAUAUCCGUCUGCAGACCCGCUGCCCUUCACUUAUACCGGAUAACAAACCGGAGGUCGGUGCUCCGGCUGGGUCUGAGCUGUGAGCCGGGGCUAGCAGGGAGGCUAACGGAGCGUUAGCUGAGCAGGCAGCGCGGCGAAGGUUUCUGUCCGGACGGCGUGCAGAAGGAGCGCAGCAUGGCCGGGGGGAGCCACAGCCUGGCGGCGGAGGAGAGGCCAGCGAGCCGGAGUCAGAGUGAAGUCAACAGGAGGUUGAAGUACAUCAGCCUGGCGGUGCUGGUGGUCCAGAAUGCAUCGCUCAUCCUCAGCAUCCGAUACGUCCGCACGUUGCCGGGCGACCGCUUCUUCACAACGUCAGCGGUCGUCAUGGCGGAGGUCCUGAAGGUGCUGACGUGUCUGCUCAUCAUCCUGCUGCAGAAGAGAUUCAGUGUGAAGGAGACAGUGUUGUUCCUGGUGGACUCCAUCGUGUUUCAGUACAAAGACACUCUGAAACUGGCUGUUCCUUCGCUCAUCUACACUCUGCAGAACAACCUGCAGUACGUUGCCAUCUCCAACCUGCCGGCCGCCACCUUCCAGGUGACCUACCAGCUGAAGAUCCUCACCACUGCUCUGUUCAGUGUGUUGAUGCUGAGGAAGUCUCUGUCCAGAGUCCAGUGGAUUUCUCUGCUGCUCCUGUUCGCUGGAGUCGCCAUCGUACAGGUGCAGCAGGAGGGGAACAAGGAGGCGUCGGUGUCGGGCGGCUCCAAUCAGAACUACAUGGUGGGUUUGGUUGCCGUGGUGAUCAGCUGCCUGUCAUCGGGAUUCGCCGGCGUUUACUUUGAGAAGAUCCUGAAGGGGAGCUCGGCCUCCGUCUGGGUGAGGAAUGUGCAGCUGGGGAUCUUCGGCAUGGCGCUCGGCAUGCUGGGACUGUGGUGGAACGACGGCGCCGCCAUCGCAGAGCGCGGCUUCCUGUUCGGCUACACCGACAUGGUGUGGUGCGUCAUCUUCAACCAGGCGUUCGGCGGGCUGCUGGUGGCCGUGGUGGUGAAGUACGCCGACAACAUCCUGAAGGGCUUCGCCACCUCCUUCUCCAUCAUCGUCUCCACGGUGAUGUCCAUCUAUCUGUUCGGUUUCCACGUGGACCUGCUCUUCACUGCCGGGGCGGGGCUCGUCAUCGGUGCUGUCUACAUGUACAGCCUCCCCAAAGCGGCCGGCAGCAGCUCAUCGUCCUUGGGCUCUUCCUCGUCUUCCUCGGCGUCUUCAGAGUCGCCGAGGACGGACGGAGGCGCCAAGAUGGAGGCGUUUCUGCCAAAAGCUCAGGGAGGCGUCGUGUCUCCUCCCCCCGCCGUCCACAUCACAGCCUAACGGGUCAAAGCACAACAGCAGCAGGAGGUGGAGGAGGUGAUGGUGGUGGAAGGAGCUGCAGUGUCUCAGAAACCCUGACCACUGGCUCUGUCUGUCCGUCUGUCUCUCUGUCUGUCCGUCUGUCUCUCUGUCUGUCCAUCUGUCUCUCUGUCUGUCCACCUGUCCAUCUGUCUCUCUGUCUGUCUCUCUGUCUGUCGCCCUCUCUGCCUUAAAACUCUUUACUAACUGAAUGAAAAGAGAAGAAGCCUUAGGCUGAUUAUAGGUGAUAUAUUGAUUAUUGGUGUUAGUGCUGGAGGAGAAUCUGCAGUUUGAGCAGAUGUUGAACAGCUGGAACGUUUUCACGGUGCAAACAGAUUUAAGGUGUUGAAUUCCACCUUAAAUCUGUCCAGAAGGACGUUUCCAGCUCGAUGUCACUGAUCAGAUCACAGGUAACUGUUCCUCUGUGGAUCGUCUUCACAUUCAGUUUGUGAAAAAUGUCCGUCACAGUUUCUCAGAGUCCAGGAGGACGUUGUUCAGUCCAGUCAGUGGAUCCAGACCAGGUCCACGCAGGACUUCCUGUUCUGUCUCAGCUCGUUUCACUCUGUGAUGUGUUGUAAACCAAAGGAUCAUUGAGCUGAUGGAGACAUCACAUUAAUCAGUACUGAGAGUUUGUCCAGAACCGGCUGCAGUGAUCAGACUGAGGUCCUUCGCGGUUUCUGAUGUUGAGCUGCACAGUGAAAACGCGCGGCGAGUCGAACUCUGUUUCCUGUCGGUCUGUCGCAGACGCCGAUCUGCCGUUUGUGUUCGGUGCCUUUUCCUCUCACCUGUACAGAAGCCAUAGGGCGGUUGGUGUAAAGUUCGCGUGUACAGUCAGCAGAGCUCACUCAGACCACCUGCAUCUCUGUACAGUCACUUUUCUUUGUUCUGGUUAAAGGGACAAAGCCAGCGCCCGUCUCCUCUCGCUGCAGGAAACACACGAAGACACUGAACUCAGAUCAGUUUGAGAAGCAGCGAGGGGGGGCGGGGGGGCUGAGGGGAAUGUGCUCAUUCAUUGGAGCACCUUUUUAAAUCCUCAGUCAUAAUAAUUCUAAUGUUGGUUCUCACCAAAUCUGUCCUGCUGCAGGCGUCUUGUUGAAGAAGACGUCCUGCAGAGGCGUCCUGAAUGUUGCUGGUGCGUGUGGACGGAGGGAGGACGUGUUUCAGUUGCUGCUUCUCGUGUUUACGUCGCUGUUUGUUUGGUUUUGGGGAACGUUUUUGGUUUUUGUCUCCAGAUCUCUGCAGCAGCUGAUGGACAGUCCAUCACCACGGUCUGUUUUCAGACAGGAGCUGCAGACAUCACAGCAGUGAGGCGGGGGUGUCCUGUGCCCUGGGUUUUGUCUCUCAGGCAACAUACAAGCUGCCAGUUGUGAGGAAGCCUGCAGACACUACUCAGGGCUAAAACCCUGUUUCUCUACUCCUCUGCAGUUUCAGAGACGUGAUCUCAGGACGUCGUGGUGUCGCUGUUUGUCAGCUGCUGCAGAUCGAUGUGGACACAAAAACACGAAAGAGCAAAGAGAAGCUGGAACAGUUUCUGUUCAUCAUCAGAAUCUCAUUAUUAUUUUUAUUAUUAUUGAAUCAAACUGUGAAGGGAGAAGAAAAAAAGAGAUUUUAUUUUACAUUUUUUGUUUUUGUUUUUUGUAAAACAAAAAAAAAAAUCCAGACAUUUUCUGAAACUACACAUUAAUAUAUCAGUUACUUUGACUUUGUGUGGAAAUGAAAGGUUGAUCUGUUGGUUUGUUAUUUUUCCGGGUGGUGGUGAAUGAGGAGGAAGAGGAAACUCAGCAGGAAGCUCCUGUGGCGUCCAAUCAGAGCUGCCUCUCUCUGAUUGGUUAGAAAUGUUUAUCAGUGAGAGUUUGGGAGUCACUGACAACAACACUUCACAAACAAAACAAAGCACGGGAGAGCGUUUUGUUAAUGCUCCUGUAGGUUUAUCAAAGUUCAGUCGAAACAAAACGCUGUUGAAAUGAGAAUUUUCUCCAACAGCAACAACAUGCUAAACAAUUAGCUCGAGAUGAAGAAUAAUGUCAGGUUAAUUCUGUUAGAAUUAAAUAAAAAAUAAUUAGAAAUAAUAAGAUGAUCAAAUGUUUUCUGGAUAAAUUAUUUUUUAUUUCUCCAGAAAAUGUUUGAUCAUCUUGCUUUAACAGUAUAAGAAAUGGUUGGUGUUUGGUUUGAGAUCAUUAAAUCAGGAUAAUUAGCUCAUUAUCUGAAAAUAACCUUCAGCUUUCUCCUAAAGAAAAAUAUAUUUAUACAAGAAGAUAUUUAUUGUUUUGUUUUAAGUAUUUUUGGGGGAUUAAUGGAUUAAAUCUCUCUGGAAAACGUCUGUGAGCACACCUGGCCUGGUCACACCUGUGGGCACACCUGGUGAGAAUCCACAGAUGAAAUCAAAUGUUUUUCUUCCAAGAACUUUCAAAUUAAAAAUGAAGAAACUUUCACACGAGCAAAUUCAGGUUUCUGAGUUUGUUCCGAACUGUAGAACUAGUUUCAGUUUCCGUUAAAUUUUUCAAUUUUACUCUCGACACGUUUCAGCUGAGAGUCUGGAGCGCCACCUGCUGGCAGUUUAAAAACAUCCUGUAAGAUUCACUGCGGACAUGGAGGAUUUGUUGUUCUCACUGGAUCAUCCAGGUGGACGAUCGUCCCCCGCGGUCCCUCAGAAAUCUCACUGGAUCUUUUUAAACUUCCUCUUCCUGUCUGAAGUUUGUUCACUGUGGAUGAAACGUGUCGGAGCAGUCAGACACGUUUCAUCACGGACCUGUUAGUUUGCACUUUGAUUGUUGAUUUGUACCAAUGCCUCUGAAUUUGUACAUACUUCUUUUGGUAAAGUUUUAUAUAAACAAGGACGUGGA